AGUCCAGUCCAAUCGUUGCUCGACAGCCACCACCACCACCCAACCAUCCAACCAUACUUCUUCCGGACAACAGCACAAAGGUCAUACUACACACACUGCAUCCGCUUCCAGUUACUUGACUACAGCCAAUAGGCAGAAAAAGGAGGUAAUCAGAUUCCCCCUCAAAGAGAGCUUCCAAUCCUCUUCAGCCACGUAACCGUCGCUACUUCAAAAGGGAACCACGAUGGUACUAUCGACUCUUUUGGCCCGAAUUUCAGAUGGCUUGCCUCUGGCUGCUUCGGUUGAUGACGAACAAACCGAAAAUGAUCUCUCUGAGUACAGGCAACAGGCCAAGUUAAUCUUCAGACGGUUGAACGAAACGAGUGAAACCAGAUGUAGUAUUGAAAGUGGAAAAUAUACUCUUCAUUACGUGAUCUCAAAUUCCGUGGUGUAUCUGUGUAUAGCAGCCAAAUCGUAUCCACGGAAAUUGGCUUUCUCGUAUCUGGAUGAAUUGUCAAAGGAAUUCGAACGAUCGUAUUCAUCUGAAUUAUCCAAACCCAAUCUUCGACCAUAUGCUUUUGUGAAAUUUGAUACAUUUAUCCAACGGACCAAAAAGUUGUAUCAAGAUACAAGGACGCAAUCCAAUCUGGAUCGGUUAAAUGAAGAUUUGGGAGAAGUAACGAGAGUGAUGACGAAAAAUAUGGAAGAUCUAUUAUGGAGGGGCGAUUCACUUGACCGAAUGUCAACAAUGUCUUCAUCACUGAGGGAUGAAUCUUUGAAAUAUAGGAAGGCGGCUCGACAAAUUAACAUAGAUGCAUUUUAUCGAAAGUGGGCUCCUGUUGGUGUCAUUGGGAUCAUGUUUCUUUUUGUUGUUUGGUGGCGCUUUUGGUAACCCUGUAAUUCCACCUUCCCUGUCUUUGUCUAAUCUCUGUGUCAUCUUCUCCUUUUUUGGAGGGAAUAGAAUGGAUCAAGUGUUGCAAAAUAUAUUGAAUGUCAUUGAAUGAAUCCUUCUCAUCAUUUUCUUUGUGGUCCUACUCUCAUCCAUCUUGGUCAGGUAACAGAGUGUAAUUUUAAUGUUGAUUCCUG